AUGCUUCAGAUUUGGGGUCUCGUUCUCUUCUAUGGCCUGCUCACACAGAGUUCAGCCCAACUUGAAGCCAUCCCUGUGGAUCCUGCCCUUUCCCUGGGACCAGUUCAAUCCCUUACCCCACCAGAUGUUCUUUCAGGUUUACUAGGUGGCCUCACAAAGGGACUUCUCAACUCAGACUUGCUUGGGAUUCUUAAAAACCUCCCCCUCUUGGAUGCCCUGAAACUUGGGGAAGGUUCAUCCGGAGGCCUCAUCGGAGGUUUACUACCCAGAAUAGUCUCACUGGUUCCAGGGCUACAGAAUAUAAUUUCGAUCAAUAUUACCAAUCCCGUUCUCCUGGAACUUGGACUAGAACAAUCUCCUGAAGGACACCGACUUUUUGUGACACUCCCUCUUGGCAUGGUCCUAGAAUUAAAAACAUUCCUGACUGGUGAAAUUCUCAAAUUGGAUGUUCAACUGAAUAUCGUAGUGGAGCUCAUGGCAGUGAGGGAUAAAGAUGGAAAAAUCCACUUGGUGAUUGGGGAUUGUAAGAAUGACCCUGGAAGCUUAAAAGUCACUCUCUUGGAAGGGAUUCUACCAUCAGUAGUGCAAGGACUUGCAGACACAGUGACAGGAACUGUGAUUAAAGUUCUUCCAAAUCUGAUACAGAAAGAAGUCUGCCCUCUGGUUAAUGAGGUCCUUGGUAAUCUGGAUGUUACCUUAGUACAUGACGUGGCUGAAUUAUUAAUCCAUGGACUUGAACUGCAUGUUAAAGUAUGA